AUGGCAUCGUCAUCAUCUCUUGAAACAAACGCUGUUCGGUCGCGAUUCCAAUAUUCUGCGAAUGAAUACAACAGCAGCAGUGGCAGCAGCAGCAGCAGCAGCAGCACUGCAAACUAUGCACCGUGUUCCACAAGCACACAACCGAUCACCAAACCAAUGCCCCCCUAUGCACCACCAGAUCUGAAUGAACUGGCCAGUACUCCGUUGUCACAGCCGCAUCAACUUCUUGACGAUAAUAGUGGCAUGUCACCAGCUCAAUCCGUUCUCAAUACAGCGCCAAAUACGGGCCAACCACUCACGGCAGUUGCUACAAGUGUAGCAAAUUCAUUCUCAUCUCUGUCACCUCAACAACAAGCUCCCACAUCAUUUCAAUACACCAAUAAUAAUUAUGCUAACAAUACUAGUAAUAGCUACAAUAAUAAUAUUAAUAAGCCAGCAUCAGCACAUUCAAUAGGCGCUACGUCAUUCAAUCAUGCGUCGUCGUCUCCAUCACCCACAUACCCGUCGGCCAAUUCAUGGCCCGGGUUUAUGGCCAAAAAUCCGGUCACAGAUGAUUCCAGACUGGCAUCAUUCAGCUGUUGCUCAGAACCAACGAAAUCAUCAUUCGCACAACAUCAACAGCAACCCGAGCAGUCCGUUAAUGGAUUCAAAAGCUUUCAACGAAAGAGUGUUGAUCGAGUGUUCGUAUUCAACUCGAAGAUGGCAAACGAAGCGAUCGGCGGUGUGCAAGAGAACAAAUACGAAUCGAUCGUUGCGUGGCACGAAGCUAACUGUCAACCGAGCACGUCCACUGCACCACAACAAAAUCAGUUCAUUCUGAAUGACUCUCAACCACAACAACAACCACAACCGAUUAAAACCAAACGAAAAAGCAACGUGAAAGAGUUUCAGCAAGAAAUGCGUUUGCGAUCACCGUCAUCGACGAACGGCAUCGCACCACCACCACCAGUAUCAGGCAUGCGAAUGGAAAGGAUGACCCAAGAUUCGUUGUUUGAACCUCCAUCGAAAGUGAUUCGUACAACAUCUAAUGAGAACAGCCAUCCUGCAAGGAGGUUUUCGCUUUCUUUUAUUCUGUAUUUUGUGUAG